CAGUGAAACACGGCUCUGGAACCAAGCGGAGAAUGACUCCACGAUCAGACAACCUUUUCUUAUCGGUGUUUCUGGGGGCACUGCCAGCGGAAAGGUGCGUGCUUCAUCGUGUCCGAUUGAAUGUUUGCGCCCUGGCUACUUUCGCUGAUGGCCGUUGUUUCGUGUUUUGAAUCGCACAUAUAGGGUCAAGUCCGACCUCGUGGCUUUUGUGUAAGUUAAACUUUAUUUCAGAAUAUGGGACUAAAUUGAGACGUCUAUCUAGCUUUAAAGUUGAAACGUAUAAUUCAUUUGUCUUUUCCAACCCACUCUGAGGUUUUUGCUAACUGUACAAAUAUACAAGGUUGGCUGCUUUACUUGAAACGUAUCGGAAUUUCCAGCCAAGUAACGGGUAGCUUGCAUAGCUAACUAAACUAGCACAGCUAUUUAGUUAGCUAAAAUAACAGGAAAUCUCGCAAAUAACAGGACAAGGCAGGCAUCAUCCUGCACUAUCUACCCAUCAUCUCUCUUGGUCUGGGUAGAACGUCCACGUGGCAAGAAUUAUUCUCGGGUUUUGCGAUUAUUUAGCUCGUUAACUAACAUUAACCAAAUUAUUUUUGUUUACGUUGAAUCAGACGCUGAUAUUGUCGUUUUACUUUAUUUAUGACCUCAACUGCGGUAAGCUGCAUCCCUUUAGGUCUUUGAAUUGGACCCACGUGUGGAUCAGCUAGCUCGUCUGGAUCACUUGGCGUGGGUGCGGAAUAAGAACCAGAGAAAGCCAUAUCUGUUGAAGGAUCGGCUGUUUUUGCUAUGUGAAGUAUUUAAAAAGGCUCACACUGUACACAAAGCAGAAAAGGAAACUUGUAGACCUAGAGGGGGACGGGUCACUAAAAGACAAGCGAAACACGAAGACAGUAGAACAUUAACACGUUGGAAUUGUAAAAGUCGAAAAAACUCAACCAAGACAUGCACACAAACCAAUUAUUCAGCAUUGCAUUUAAACUAAGUCUGCAGAGAGUCACACGGUGUUCUGGGAGUGCUCCACACUCUCCUUUCGCCUGGUGACCCACUCGCCUAGUCCAGUGGCGGAUGCCACAAACUCAAUCCCAUUCUUUACGUCAAGCUGCCAGGCCAGACAAAAUCGUGGGCGAGGGCCCAACGAGGUAAGGUUAAAAUCACGGUACUUUUCCGCUAUUGUUUGUGCUUUUACAUACACUCCGAGACGUGAAACCAGACCCAGUAGCCUACAAAGACGGGUGGUCUUUGCUGGUUUUAAAGUUUUGUUUCCCCUGUCAUGUUGUUAAAACUGAUGCAUCUUACUUCUUGAGAAUUUCAUUAAGUUUUUGGUUUGCCCCUAAUGAUCCGAGCUUAUUUUGAAUUUCAUAUGCAGGUCUGAAAACAAAUAGAGAGAAUAAAGGAUAAGUAAUUUUAAUAAACUAGAGGAGUAUAAGGAUGUAUGCUAGACAGUCACAGAAUGGAUCAACAGAUUAGAAAUCACAGAUAUUUGAUUUAUAGAAUUACAAGCAACACUAAAGAUGUCAUUUCCUUUCCAAAUGAGUCUCCAGUUUUGAUAUCCUUAGUUCCUCUUAUAUGCUGUUGAAGAUGCAGAAGAAUUGUAGCCCCUGCAGCCUGCUGCUCCAUGUGUUCAAAUCCUGCUUUAAUCUUUCUUCAGUAUGUGCAAAGAUUAUGGAACUCCUGGGCCAGAAUAAGAUUGACCAUCGCCAGCGUCAAGUAGCUAUCCUCAGCCAGGACAGCUUCUACAAAGAGCUCACUCCCGAACAGAAGGCCAAGGCAAUUAAGGGACAGUUCAACUUUGAUCACCCCGACGCUUUUGACAAUGAGCUCAUCAUGAAGACCCUCUGUGACAUUAUGCAGGGAGAAAAGGUUCAGAUCCCAGUGUAUGACUUUGUUACUCAUUCCAGGAAAGACGAAUUUGUGACUCUGUACCCAGCAGAUGUAGUUCUCUUUGAGGGUAUUCUCAUAUUCUACACGCAGGAGAUCCGGGAUCUAUUCCAGAUGAAACUGUUUGUGGACACUGAUCCAGACACGCGUCUCUCCCGCAGAGUUCUUCGGGACAUCAAUGAGAGGGGUAGGGAACUGGAGCAAGUUUUGACUCAGUACAUCACUUUUGUCAAGCCAGCCUUUGAAGAAUUCUGCCUUCCAACAAAGAAAUAUGCUGACGUCAUCAUCCCACGUGGAGAAGACAAUCUUGUGGCAAUAAACCUCAUUGUGCAGCACAUCCAGGACAUUCUAAAUGGUGGAUUCAACAAACGAUAUAAUGACUUUAUGAAUGAACAUGGAUCACCCAGACAACAAAGGACAUCUGAGUCCAGCAGGCCUCACUGACCCUGCUGGGAACCCUUUCUUGUGGGGAGGGCAGGGCUGGACUGUGUAAUGAAACUGAGUGUCCUUUCCUCAAAUAGAAGAAAGUAUAUAUGCUAGAGAUGAACAGAUUUUGUCGUGCUUGUGAUUCUGAAGUAUGUUGACAUUGCUGUUGCUCUUGUGAAAAUGAUCGUCAGCUUUUACUUGUUUUAUUUACCUAGAUCAAGGUUUAAAAUGCUUUCUGUUUUUUGAAAGUUGUAUGAUGUGCAUAAGUAGUGUUAUUGUCCACUCCUUCUGUAACUACUUGUAGAAAAUAAAUGAUUGUUGUUGUAUGGCUAAGAAUUAAAACACUACCAGUGGUUUAAAUUGGGAUAACAAUUGUUAAAGGGUGUGUGUAUGGAAGCAUCUUGAAGUUAGAGCUCAGGAAAAAUGCAUAAAUCUUUGGAUGGGACUGAGGAUUUGGCUGUGCCUUUGUUGUUCUGACAGUCACAUUUUAGAGGUACUUUUGUUUUGUAGAUUUAGAACUUCGUCUGGGGUCAAAAGCCUACGAAACCUGCAAUUUAAGAUACCUUUAUCUUGCUUUUGAUGCCACUAGAGAUUUUGGUUUUGACUGUUAAGCCUGAAGCCUUACAUUGUGCCAGUGUUUUGCAACCAUUUUCCUGAUGUGAGCAUGAAUUUGGGAGUAUUUAUAAGAUGCUGCAUUUAUUACAGCCUACAAACAGUUUUGUGAUGUUGACGCUUCAUUGGUCGUGUACCCUAAAGUUAACAAUCAAAUUAAUACUUGGUUAAAUGUAAACUGGUAUCUGAUGUGUAUAAUGUGUAGUAGGAGACAAAUACCUCACAAUAACUGUCAGGGUGUUAUAUUAACAUCUUAUACAUACUGGCUAUAUGUUAUUUCCAGUAUAUGGUAAAAAGAUCAUUCUGCAGUAUGAUUACUUGAAUUUUGAUUAGUAC